AUGGGGACUUGAACCAGCAACCCUCCAAUUCUCAACUCAACUGCCUACUGACUGAGCUACUGCCCCCCUCCAAAGUGAAAGUGAGCAUGAAGAUCAGCAGGAGCCUUCACGAAAAAUCAUUACAACAGCAACAUGGUUCAUGCUAAAGAAACACACAGGCUGCAGAUAACAGCGUCAAAAACAAGUGAGUGAUGAUUAACUUUAGUCAGCGUCACUAUCUCCACGUCUUACACAACAGCUGCAGCAAGCCAGUGGACUGACAGCUAAAGUCAGGCACCAGUGAGGUCCAGCUAAAGUCAGGCACCAGUGAGGUCCAGCUAAAGUCAGGCACCAGUGAGGUCCAGCUAAAGUCAGGCACCAGUGAGGUCCAGCUAAAGUCAGGCACCAGUGAGGUCCAGCUAAUGUCAGGCACCUCUGAGGUCCAGCUGAUGACCAGCACCUCUGAGGUCCAGCUGAUGACCAGCACCUCUGAGGUCCAGCUAAAGUCAGGCACCUCUGAGGUCCAGCUAAAGUCAGGCACCAGUGAGGUCCAGUUAAUGUCAGGCACCUCUGAGGUCCAGCUGAUGACCAGCACCUCUGAGGUCCAGCUAAUGUCAGGCACCUCUGAGGUCCAGCUGAUGACCAGCACCUCUGAGGUCCAGCUAAAGUCAGGCACCAGUGAGGUCCAGCUAAAGUCAGGCACCAGUGAGGUCCAGCUAAUGUCAGGCACCUCUGAGGUCCAGCUGAUGACCAGCACCUCUGAGGUCCAGCUAAAGUCAGGCACCUCUGAGGUCCAGCUAAAGUCAGGCACCAGUGAGGUCCAGCUAAAGUCAGGCACCUCUGAGGUCCAGCUAAAGUCAGGCACCUCUGAGGUCCAGCUAAAGUCAGGCACCAGUGAGGUCCAGCUAAAGUCAGGCACCUCUGAGGUUCAGCUAAAGUCAGGCACCAGUGAGGUCCAGCUAAAGUCAGGCACCUCUGAGGUCCAGCUGAUGACCAGCACCUCUGAGGUCCAGUUAAAGUCAGGCACCUCUGAGGUCCAGCUAAAGUCAGGCACCAGUGAGGUCCAGCUAAAGUCAGGCACCUCUGAGGUCCAGCUGAUGACCAGCACCUCUGAGGUCCAGUUAAAGUCAGGCACCUCUGAGGUCCAGCUGAUGACCAGCACCUCUGAGGUCCAGCUAAAGUCAGGCACCUCUGAGGUCCAGCUGAUGACCAGCACCUCUGAGGUCCAGUUAAAAUCAGGCACCUCUGAGGUUCUGUCGUAAACGCAGAGUGAUGGAGUUAAUUAUGGAAAUGUGGUGUUGCUAUGUAUAAACUUACAUUAUAUGUAUAUUAAAAAAAGCU